UUGAUUUUCUAUAGCUUUAAGCUGAAGAACAAAAGUUUUCUACAGACUUCUUGAAUGAAAACAAUAUUUAACCAGAUGGAUGUGGAAACUUCAGGGACAGCUGGCCUGAUGAUGGCCAUAGUGUACUCUGAUUAGUCUUCAAAUCAUGGCAGCUAUGAUGAAUAAAGAAGAUGGAGAAGUCGGGAGGCAUUCAGAUGAAGAGUACUGAAGAUAGCACCGUCAGCCAAUAGUACGUGGUUCUGUUCCACAUCCACCAACGUACGUGUGUAAUAGCAGUUCACGUAGGGAAUGUUGAGCUGAGCCUUCAGAGAAAAUUGUGUGGCUCUGACAAAAAAAAAAUCUAACAUGCACAGAAACAACGUUGUUUUGUAUGAAACUCUGCUGUCUUCUUCGGAGACGUACAUUGUGCAAAACAGCAUAAGCACCCAAGCAUCUUUCAAGUCAGCAGGUGAUAUCGUGAUAAAAAUAGGUGAGACAUCGUCUUCUAGUGCAAGCAGUGUGAAUGGUCAUUUAUCUUCUAGGUCACUAGUUCGGCAAAGACUUGAAACAAUAGAUAAAAAUAUAGCUUCUCAGGAACGGGAGGAAAAUCGAGAGAAAGGUGAAUUUCGGAGAACAUCAAAAAAAGAAAAAAGAAAUGAUGCAUGGACAAACCCAAGAAGUCUGUCUAUUCUUCCUCGGACAGUUACAGCUCAAUCAAAAAGUCUUCCAGUGUUUCGAUACUUAACCAAAGACUUUAAAGAACAACUAGCAACCAUGGACAGGUCUUUGUUGCCACCAUCAGUAGCAAUUAUUCCUGUACAUUCUUCACCCAAAGCUCAGAAAAAAUAUAUAUCACAGGAUGUACAUAUCAGUGAUGGUGAUUUAUCGGUUACAGAAUGUGUGUGUCCUCAGCCUGGUACCAAUCUUCAAGGAGAACAUAUAGAUUCUCAGCGCUCAACUGUUCCGAAGCAUAAUGGACAUGUGGAAGGCUUAACGUUAGAGCAGGAGAAGAUAGAUGGCGAGUGGUUCCUUGUUAAUAUGGAGAAAAUAAAAGAGCAGAUUCUGUCCUGCAUAACUGAAGCAGAGAAACAACUGAAAGGGGACGGUGUUCCAGAAGAGGGAGCAGGCAAGAUUCGUGUAGCUGUGGGAAAAGCGAAUCUCCUGCUCUCGCAGAAGUUUGAACAGUUCAGAGAAUUAUGCGAGAAGAAUCUAAACCAGGAUGUUUCAGAACCUUUCCCCACUAAAGAUUCUGACCUAAGUGGAUUUUGGGACAUGAUGAUGCUGCAAGUGGAUGAUGUAUUGGAUACCUUUACUAAUUUAAAGAAACUUUGUGCUAAUAAUUGGGUAGAAGUAGAGCUUCCAAAGGUUGCUACCCCUAAAUCUUGUUCUAGACGACCCGUGUAUCUUGGUGUAUCAAAAUCGACUCCAGCAAGUCCACAACGCUCAGCAAGAGCUAUUACAGCAACACAAGCAAGGGAAGAAGCCAGGAAACGGUUAUUGGAAGCUAAACGCAAAGGUCGACAGCAGCAAGCCUCUCAAGAACCAGCCACUGAAAUAGCUAUAUUUGUUCCUGAUGGUCAAAAUUGAUAAAUUGGUGAUAUUUUGGAAAGCAAAGUACCUGUGUGCAGGAUAGCUGAGAUAAUAGUCUUUAAUUAAAGAUACUCAAGUCUUGUAAGGUUACUUAAGAAUUACACUUCAUGUAGCUAGAACAUAUCAACUAAAUGGGCUACCAGUAGAAACAUAUCAACUAAAUGGGCUACCAGUA